UUUUUUUAAUUAUUUCAAACAUUUUUUUCAGCUGGUAUUUAGUUUGCAAUUUUAACAAAUUUUAAAUAUGCUUCUUCGAAUUAUGCAGAUGUGGGUGAGAAUGGCAAAAAUCUGUCUAUAAGACAUGUGCCUUUUAUACUUCUUGGUAUCUGGGUAUGUAUAGCCUCAUUUGCAAUUCUCUUUUCCUCACAUGGGGUAGGGUGUGGAGGAGUGUGUGAACUAGGAAGAAAAAGCAAUGUGUUUUUUCCCCUGUCAAACUCAAUACAACUGUUUAACACUGAACACAGAAUACUUCACCUCUGAUCACCAAAUGUGUGGGGAUUUCUCCCCACCAACAACCUUUCUUUCUCCAUCUGACACCAAGUGGGCAUUCUGUAAUUUAACUUAACUCUAACACUAUGUACCUGGAGUUAGCAUCAAAUCCCACUGGUUGAGGGCUCAGUUCCACAAGGCUGCCCCCACUUCAGGUGCCAGUCACAUAUCCCAGCUGGGGAAAUGAACUUCUGACCAACCGGGUAUAAAUCGUGGGGUUCCUGUGACUCCCUCCUCAGGUCCUAUUGAUUUGCCAGAGGAGCUUACAGAACUCAGAGAAACACUUCAUUUGCCCAUUUGUUACAAAGGAUAUUACACAGGAUACAGAUGAACAGCCAGAUGGAAGAGCUGUCCUAGCAAAUUGAUCAAGCUGGAGGAAGGGUUAAAAGAACCACAAUAUUUGUCAGGUCACUCAGAAGUAGAGGUGACAGCUACUGUUUGCUUAGUGCAUCUGAAGUGAGGAGCAGUCUUGUGGGGACUGAGCUCUUAACCUGUGGCAUCUGAUGCUAUCUUGUAGAUAGCUUCAGAAUUGAGUUAAAUUGUAGGACACCAGCUGGGAUUGUGCUAGAGAGCUGAUGACUGUGGGAAAAUACACACACAUUUUGGUGACUAAAGAUGAAGGAUCUUGUGUUGAAUGUGAGUACAAUGAGCAGUUUGCCUUUUCCUAUCUCAAAUAGGAAAGAAAGAGAUCAUCUCCAUCCGGCCCAACCCGUCUUCUCAGGACCUGUGAUCUCUGCCCAGUAGUGACUGGGAAUGGUCUGUCCCUGCUCCUGGCUGUUGCUGGCCCUGCGAUUGUGCACCACUUGCCAGCCCCACUCGCAGUCUCAGGAUGCGUGACAUCCCUCCUGUAUUGUCUCAUACAUUGUUACUUCAAGGGAAUUAUUUUUAUCAGCAAACCCAAUAGUGGCCUUGUCCAUUAAAACACACAUAGACACGUACACACAGAAUUCAUCUUUUAUCCUUAUACUCUUGCAUCUUUUUAACAAAACUACUCUUACCUACACCUCCCUCUAUUGUAAGUACCCUCUUGUGUGUUACGUCUCAGAACAUAAUGCACUAAAAACUUGUUCUCGCUUGGUCUUCAGUUUUUGCUGCCCAUUCUUGCUUGAACCCUUGAAUUGUAGCUUGAAUCAAGCUUUCACUUUAAGCAUUCCUUUGAUCCUUUUCCGAUCACGAGUGACCUCCCCAUUUCUAUAUCUAAUAUUUAAUUUCCUGUCCUCAUCUUUCAUUUCCUAUCAGUAGCAUGUGGCAUAGUUGGUCAUUUGUCUUCUGUUUUGUUUGUUUAGAGGACAUCCCAUUAACCUUUAAAGAUCUGUUUUAAUUGUCUUGAUGCCUCCCUGAUCUCCUUUCCUCCUCUGGUGUCCCCUAAACUUCCUGUUCUCUGAAUGUGGCAUGAACUACGGCUCAGCCUUCGAACCUCUUCUCAUCUCUGUCCACACCCACUGCCUUUCCUUAUUGUCCCAUUGCAUGGUUUAAACCCCACAUACAUGUCUACGUUUUCCCUGCAGAGCUCUCGCCUGAGCUCUAGCAUCCUGUGUCCAGUGGUGGUCCCAACAAUGUGCUAGACGAUCUAAUAGGCAUCUCCACCUUCAAAUGUCCAAAGGGACUUCCUGACUCCCCCAGAUGCAUUCCCUUCUAGUCCUCAUAUCUCAGGUAAGGACGACCCUCUGCUUCCUGGGGCUUAGAUGAACUUGUCAUAUAUUUAAAAUGUAUGAUACUACAUUGUAAGUGCAUUAAUUUAUGAAAUAAAAAAAUCCCAUGUUUACUUAAAAAAGGUGAAGAAAUACAUUAUUUCCAAAUUCUUUCAAGGUGUGGGAGAGAAAUGUUUGUAGUCCUGGGCCCUCCCUGCUCUGCUCCCCCAGGACCUCUGUGGCCUCAUCUCCUGCUUGUGUUGUCCUCGCUGGCUCUUCUCCCGCCACACAGAGCUCUGUCCUUUUCCUAGGGUCUCAUGUCUCAGAGUCUCCACAUUGGCUUAUCCCUUUGCCUAAAACUGUGGACCCCCAGCUACAGGUGGAGACACCUUCUUUCCCCAGGUCAUUGUUCUGAUAUCCCCUUACCAGUGAAGACUUCUGUAUUUUGUCUCCACAGCCCACCAUUUGACAUUUAAGGAACACCCUCAACCUCUCCUCAGGUCCAUAUUGGCUGCUCUGCAUGUGUCUUUUUGUUCCUUGGUUGUCCACUGUCUGGAUACUGGUGACAAGCAGGUCCCCAGGGGAGAGCGGACCAGAUGGUGGGAGGUGUGCUGGGUUUGCCCCUCUGAGUGAAGCUGAACCCUGGCUUCACAUUACAGUGCUAAUACACACCGCCUUGGGAAGGAGAGGACCAUUUUUACACAGGGUUAGAGGUCUUUCCCCUUUGUGUAACUGUAGCACAGAAAGAGGGUCUGUUGAUUCUGAGCAUUGAGCAUCAUAUUUUUGACAUUCAGGAUUGACUUGUAAAGACUCAUGUUGGGUGAGGAAGAAGCCUGGAAGAGGGGGAGGAGGAAAGAAAAGAAGUCAGGAAUGGAUCUUACUCAGGGACAGUUGACAUUCCGGGAUGUGGCCAUAGAAUUCUCUCCGGAGGAGUGGAAAUGCUUAGACCCUGCCCAGAGGGCUUUAUACAGGGACGUGAUGUUGGAGAACUACAGGAACCUGGUCUCCCUGGGAAUUUCUCAUUUUGACCUGAGUAUUAUCUCCAUGUUGGAGCAAGGGAAAGAGCCCUGGACUGUGGAGAGGCAAGUGCAAAUAACAAGAAAAUUCAAUGAAUGGAAAUGGAUCAAAGGUGUGAUCACAGAUCUCUCUCCUGAAUUUGUAAUAAAAAGUUUACCACCAAAGGAGAAGACCAAUGCAGGAGAAGUAUUCCAAACAGUAACAUUGGAAAGACCUGAAAGCUAUGACACUGAAGACUUUCCCUUUAAGGAAGUCCAGAAAAAUAUACAUGACUUUGAGUGUCAAUGGGGAGAUGAUGAAGGAAGUUAUAAAGCAAUGCAUAUGGCCCAGAAAGAAAAUCUCCCUGGUAGAAGAGAUCAACAUGAUAGAACGGAUGCAGGAAACAAGCUUAUUAAAAAUCAGGGUGGAUUAAUCUUUAAGUCCCAUGUGCCUGAACUGCAGCUACUUGAAAGUAAAAGGAAAGUUGAUGAAUGUAAUCAAGUCAAGUCUAUCAACCAUGGUUCCUCAGUUUUACCAUGUCAACAAAUUCCUUCUAGUGUGAAAACCCACAUUUCUAAAAAAUAUGAGAAUGAUUUCAUCUUUUCUUCAUCACUCACACAAGGACAAACAGUAAACAAUGGUGGAAAACCUUAUAAAUGUACUGAAUGUGGCAAGGUGUUCGCUGCAAAUAUACAUCUUGCACGUCACCAGAGAAUUCAUACUGGAGAGAGGCCUUACAAAUGUAGUGAGUGUGGCAAGUGCUUCACUCAAAAUGUAUACCUUGCACAGCACAGGAGAACGCAUACUGGAGAGAAACCUUACAAAUGUGAUGAGUGUGGCAAGGCCUUCAGUGUACUUUCAAACCUUGCAUGUCACAUUAGACGUCAUACUGGAGAGAAACCCUACCAAUGUAAUGAGUGCAGCAAAGCGUUUGGUGUACGUGCAAGACUAACUAUUCAUCAGUUAGUCCAUACGGGAGAGAAACCUUACAAAUGUAAUGAGUGUGGCAAGGCCUUCGCUCACCCUUCACAGCUUGUACGUCACAGGAGAAGGCAUACUGUAGAAAAACCUUACAAAUGUUAUGACUGUGGGAAGGUCUUCAAGGAUAGUGGCUCCGUUACAUACCAUCGAAGAAUUCAUACUGGUGAGCAACCUCACAAAUGUAAUGAUUGUGGCAAGGUCUUCACUCGAAAUUCACACCUUGCACAGCACAUUAGAAGUCAUACUGGAGAGAAACCUUACCAGUGUAAUGAGUGCAGCAAAGCCUUUAGUGUACGUUCAUCACUAACUGCUCAUCAGGCAAUCCAUACUGGAGAGAAACCUUACAAAUGUAAUGCAUGUGGCAAGGCCUUUAGUGUACGUUCAAGACUUAGACUUCAUCAGUUAAUGCAUACAGGAGAGAACCCUUACAAAUGUUACGACUGUGGGAAGGUCUUCACGGGUAGUCGCUCCCUUGCAUACCAUCGCAGAAUUCAUACUGGAGAGAAACCUCACAAGUGUAAUGAGUGCGGCAGGGCCUUCGCUCACCCUUCACAGCUUGGACUUCACAGGAGAAGGCAUACUGGAGAAAAACCUUACAAAUGUUCCGACUGUGGGAAGGCCUUCACUGGAAAUUCAGAGCUUGUUAGUCAUCAAAGUAUUCACAGUAUGGAGAGACCUUACAAGUGUUCUGAGUGUGGCAAAGCCUUUCGUCUUCGUUCACAGCUAACUUCCCAUCAGCAAAUCCAUAGUGAAGAGAAACCUCACAAAUGUAAUGAGUGUGGCAAGGAUUUCAGGCAAAAAGCGAGCCUUACACAUCACAGGAGAAUACAUAAUCCAGAGAAUCGUUACAGAUGUAAUGAGUGUGGCAAGGUCUUCACUCGAAAUGCGCUCCUUGGACGUCACAGGAGAACGCAUACUGGAGAGAAACCGUACAAAUGUAACGAGUGUGGCAAGGUGUUUGCUCGAAAUGCACACCUUGCACGUCACAUUAGAAGUCAUACUGGAGAGAACCUUACCAGUGUAAUGAGUGUGGCAAAGCCUUUAGUGUACGUGCAACACUAACUGCUCAUCAGGCAAUCCAUACUGGAGAGAAACCUUACCAAUGUAAUGAGUGUGGCAAGGCCUUCAGGCAAACUGCAGGCCUUCUUAGUC